CAGCGACGGUUUAAAAGAGUUUCAACAAUUAUUCUGCCACGCAUAAAAUUAUCGUGAGAAUUUAAUAAAAACCAAAUAAAAAAAGUGCCAAAAGAAAAUCUCUAUCAACAUGUGGUUUUUGCUCUUUACUGUUUUGUUCGCACCGAUUCUUGUGCUAUUUUAUAUUGAAGUAAAAAAUUAUAGCAAAGUAAGACAACUGAAUAAGUUGCCAGGACCACCAGCUUUGCCUAUAAUAGGAAAUGCCCAUCAAAUGGGCAAAACGCCAAGCGCUCUUUUAAGCCAACUCUUUAAGUGGUGGGUAGAUGCUGGCUACCAGAACUACCGGGUGCACGUUGGGCCUUAUAGAAACAUUAUCGUUACAGAUGCGAAGGAUUUGGAGUAUAUUUUAACAAGCAAAACCAUGAUUGACAAGUCCGACGUUUACGAUAUGCUGCAUCCAUGGCUGGGCACAGGGCUUCUAACCAGUACCGGUCGAAAGUGGUACACACAUCGCAAAAUAAUCACGCCAUCUUUUCACUUUAAAAUCUUGCAAAAUUUCCAUGAAGUUAUGAACAAGAAUUCCAGUAAGUUUAUUGAGAUACUCCGAAGGGUUUCGGAAAAGGAUACCAUCUUCGAUUUUCAGGAUAUGACACAUUAUUUGACGAUGGAUGUGAUUUGCGACACUGCAAUGGGCGUGCAUAUCAACGCAAUGGAUAAUCAUGACAAUAUAGUGGUGCAGGCUUUCAAAGACAUGUGUUAUAACAUCAAUAUGCGCGCAUUUCAUCCCUUAAAGCGUUCGAAUGCCUUAUAUAGAUUUUCACCAGACUAUCCUGAAUUCUGCAAGAUCCUGAAAGUUUUGCAAGAUUUCACAAAUCAGGUCAUAAGAAAGCGUAUUGAAACCCGUAAGCUAGAAGCGCAUUACACGAACGAAACUCCGGCGGAUGAGUUCUCUAGCAAAAAGCUUGCAUUUUUGGACACCUUGUUGUCGUCCACCAUCGACGGACGUCGACUAACACAAGAAGAGAUCUAUGAAGAGGUCUCCACAUUCAUGUUCGAAGGUCACGAUACAACCACAUCCGGCGUAGCUUUUACAAUUUAUUUACUCGCGACACAUCCAGAGAUUCAGCAAAAAGUAUACGCUGAGCAGGAACAAUUAUUGGGCGAUAACCUAAAAGGAGAAGCCACAUUUCAGCAAAUCGCCGAUAUGCAGUAUUUGGAUAUGGUUAUAAAGGAAUCUCUGCGCCUGUAUCCCAGUGUGCCGUUUGUUGCCAGACAAACGGACAAAGAUUACGAUAUAAAUGGCUACCAGGUUCCAGAGGACACAACCCUUAAUCUCUUUCUUAUGUCACUCGGCUAUAAUGAAAAGUACUUUCCCGACCCCUACCGUGUUGAUCCGGAACGUUGGAGCGCGACAAAGCGUACUCAAAAUCCAUUCGAAUAUUUGCCUUUUAGUGCGGGUCCCAGAAAUUGCAUUGGUCAAAAGUUUGCUUUACUCGAAAUUAAAACGGUAGUUUCGAAAGUUGUACGCACUUUCGAAAUUCUGCCUCCGUUGGAUGAGCUCGCUUCAAUGGAUGGUUACUCACGUCAUUUUGUUGGCUUGUCAUUGGCGGAACAAAAGAAGCGCUUGCUCAACCCAAGCAAGUAUGAUCCGGUAUUGUCCGCAGUGCUGACUUUGAAGUCUGAAAAUGGGAUUUUCCUGCGUUUGCGAGAGCGGACUUAGAGAAAUUCAGAGAAGUUUUUCGAAAGUUCAUUUUGUUGUAUUUUUUGUUAAAUGUGGUUGCAUUUGUUUUAUUAUAAAACAUUUACGUUUCGUAUUAAAUAAAAUGUAUAAAUGUGAAUACGUUUAUAAGUAAAACUUAAA